AUGCAUACGCCAACUCUGAUUGCAUCCGUUCUUCUUUUUCUACCAUCAAUCAGCUUGGCCAGCGACGCAACUGUUCAUGUUCGCGGAAAAUUGAUGUGCAAUGGAAAACCAUACGUGGAUGGAGAAAUUUCGUUGUAUGAGAAAAAUUGGGUGGGCAGAGAUACCAAACUGGUUGCCACAAAAACUGAUGCAAAUGGAAACUUUGUUCUGAAGUCUUCUAUGAGCGAGUGGCCGCUGUUCACUCCCAACCCAUACAUUUAUUUCGGAAACUAUUGUGAUAUCAACAAUGAUUUGGGAUCUUUACAGUGUGCUGAUGGAAUCAAAAUCUUCAUCCCAGAUUAUUUUGUUCACGAGGGCAACCUCCCAAAAUCGACCUUCGAUAUUGGAGAGCUCGAGAUGAUGGGGAUGAGUCCGGAAAAUUUGGGUCUCGCGAAGUUAGUGUACACUAUUUUUACUCAACAAGAUUGUCGAGAUGUUACCAGAAAAUAA